AUGUCCUCCACCAAACCACGCAAGUUCCACUCACGAAAGGCGCACAAGAAGUCACACUUGGGGUGUAAGACUUGCAAGAGACGACGAAUUAAGUGCGAUGAGAGACUGCCCAGCUGCUCACAAUGCUCGCGCAUCGACUCACCAUGUCCAUACCUAGACAUGACUCCUCAAGAACUGACCUUCUUUCGAGAGGCCAAAGUCAAGAGCGAUGCCACCAGCUUCAUUAACAUGCGCAGCAUGAACCCCACGACCCAGGUGCCCAUGCAAGGCUAUGGCUAUCCAGCUCCACCACCGCCUCACGGAGGACCGCCACCGGCAAUGGGAAUGCAACAACCAAUGAUGCCCAUGGGCUAUCCUCCCCAAGGGGUCCCUCCACCACAAAUGCCUCUGCAACACAUGCCUCCCAUGGCACCCGCUCCCAUGGCACAACCGUACUAUGCAAUGCAAUACCCACCGCCCCCACAGCAUAUGUAUGGUCACAUGCCCAUGCCACCCCAGACACAGAUUCCACAGCAACAUCCUGCAGCACAGCCACCACACCCGGGUCCUCCACCACCAUCAACACAUCUUUCUCCCCAUCAUUCGCCACACCAGUCUCAUCACUCACCACACUCUCCGCAUGCUCACAACGUUCCCAGCGCACCCCCACCUCCUACCAGUGCGCCACAAGGCCCCCACUCUUACCCAGGUGCAUUCUCUGGCUCCCUGCCAAGCGUUCAGAAUGGCACAACACUGCCACCGCUGGGAAGCUCUCCUCCUUUGAGCGCCGCCGGAAACUCCGGAGUGAAACUUGAGAAUGGACAUCAGGCCGAUGGUGUGAAGACGGAAAACGCACAGCCCGUAUCGCUGCCUCCCUUGACUUCUACAUUGCCCCCGAUUUCCGCUAUCACCGACAGUGGUGGUUCUAACGACUCGUUUCAAUUGCCACCUAUCAUCCAAGCCCACAACCCGAAACAUGCGACUUUGCCACAAAAAUUUGGGACCGGAAACACCGCCAGCAUUGUAAAGCAGGGAUUUGAGACCGACAUGAUGAGACACGCUUACGGUGCAUGGAUCUCCGACAGCAUCAAGAACGCCGAGGACCACCCUGUUUUGUACCACUCUCUUUUAGCCUUCAGCCACGGCUAUCUGUACCUCAAGAGCCACUCCAAGGUCCCUGAUGAGAAAGCCAACACCGGUGGCAUGACCCCCGAACAAAUCCGUGACUUGUCGUCUCACCACCGGUCCAAGGCUCUCAGCAUGAUCCAUACCUACACCGACAAUCUGGGCUCCAACUCCGAACAGCUGCCAAACGCUUCAGAUGCUCUUCUGGUAACCACUCUCAUUUUGGCUUGGGACAUAUUUCUGCAGGAGGACGAUAUCAAGCCCUAUAUUGAGCUCAGCAAGGGUCUGGCUGCCGUUCUGCAGUCCCUCUCUCUCAACACCAGCCAGUCUCCCACCACUUUCUGCAUGGCCGAGUCACUGUUUCAGAGCAUCAAGUCCAUCCAUAUUCCUCCUUACGAGUCAGGGUUCUGGCAGGAGUUUGUGAGUAAGUUUGCUUCAGUGAAGCACCAGAUCAGCGACUCCACUCUGCUUCUCCAGUACGCCGAGGUUGAGGAGUUUCUCAAUGAGGUCACCAACAUGCUCAACAACCAACCCCGAAACUUCAACAACCCCACAUCGUACCCUCCCCAGAAGCUGUAUCAGUUCUUGCGACAGUGGCUUACAAUUUUCCCCAGCCGAGCUCUGUCCGGUUUCCAGACGUGGAAGACCCACGACGAGAAGCUGCUCUACUCUUACUGCCACGCCGCUUCUCGAGCUCUAGAUGCUCUGUUCCCUGAGGUGAGGUUCCUUUUCCAGAUUGGAUUCAUCGGGCCUGUGGAUCUGGUGGGACUCGACAACUCUCUCGAAGAAAGCCUGGGACCCAACACUGGCUCUACCAACCCUCUGACUUACCCUCUGCGAGUUGUGGGAUUCUUCAAGAUGCGAACUUCGCUUGCCUCUCGUAUCUUGUUUGACGAUGACCCCUUUGAGGGCUCUGAUUCGCUGGUAGAGCGAAAGAAGAGCAGAUUUGGAAUGCUCAAGGAGAUAUUUGUCAACUCCUUUGAGAACCCCACCGUGCCCCAGUUCGACCAUUACAAGUCCAACGGCGCCAACGAAGGUGAGAGCCCCGACUCUGUAUCCGCCUCUAGUGUCACUGGUGGCAGUUCGUCUCCUCGAACUUCGGUGACUAGUAUCAGUGGAGACGAAGGAAUGGCCAUGGCCGCCUCCACUGCCAACGCCGUGCCAGCUGCUGCCGGAGCUUCUUCCUGGAAGCAGACAGCUUUUGCCCGAUAUUUCGUGGAUAGAAUGGAAAUCUUGGGCACCUAG